AUGGCCGACGUGAAGCCCCCAAGUGGCAAGCUGCCGUACGGCACUCCUGAAGGCGGAUGGAAGGCGGUGCACACAUGGAGAACUCCGGACUGGGUAGAACCAAUUCUGAUCGUCUCCAUCAUGCUCAUUGGCUUGUACGUCAGCCGGAGAAAGAACUACUCUAUCCUCCGCCGUGGCAGCGCAACCUACGAACCUCUGUUUCAAGAGCGAGGGGACUCUCCCCGCGUCUCGGACGAUUCCUACGAUCCUAUCCGUACCGAUCCCUUCCCGCCAAAGUAUCGAACCAUAUUUGGCUGCUGGCGCGUCAAGACGCCGAAUUCGAGCCGUUUCGCGACACAUGUCCACUCAAGAAUCCUGCAAAAGUUCCCUUUUCUCAUCGAAAUGUUCUACUGGGCCAUCUCCUUCUUCUUCUACCGCAUGACCGCCACUUUGGCCCAGAGCUACUACGGCAGCCGAAAGGCUGUCUGGGAUGUCGCACAGGAGCACGGCCUGUUUCUGCUCGAGACCGAGGCCAAGUUCUUCGGCGAGGGAACCAGGACCGGUCCCGAGCGCUGGGUUGAGUGGCGCGUUUCCCAUUGGUUCCUUGAGGGUGCUCAAAUCGACGACUUUCGUGGCAUUUGGUUGACGAUCCUGAACCGCGGUUACUCUCUGAUCCAUAUCCCCGGUACCGUAGGCUUCAUUGCGUACUACUACGCCAUGGCUCCCACGCACGCCCGCUUCUGCACCGUUCGUCGCACAAUGACCUUGUUGAAUAUGUUUGCCUUCAUCAUCUUCAUCUUCUACCCGUGCGCCCCACCGCGUCUAAUGCCCUCCGAGUACGGCUUCGUCGAUACGGUCAAUUUGGAGAACGCCGAGAGUGUCUGGAUGAGCGGCAAGUUUGUCAACAAGCUGGCUGCCAUGCCUAGUAUGCAUUUUGGCUACGCCUUUGCCAUUGGAUGCGUGUUCAUCGCCGACUCGGCGAUUCUCAACCUACUCUUUGGUCGCCUGCGGAACUACCUGUUGCGCAAUGACUUGGACAAGUCGCUGGAUAUCGAUGAUGUCGAGCUGAAGGAGAUCCAGGAGAACCGCAAGCGCUGGAAGAGCUGGUUCAUGUUCUGCUUUGGUAUCUUUUACCCGAGUUGGAUCCUGCUGACAAUUGUCGGAACCGCCAACCAUUACCUGAUGGACGCCUUUGUGGCUACCUUUUGCGCGUUGAUGGCGUUUCUCUGCAAUCGAGCCUUACUGGUGUUCCUCCCGACGGAGGACAUGCUGCUUUGGGCCUGGAGGCUGGAAAAGCCGGUGCCGACAACGGGCCGCAUGAAGAACAUCGCUGUCCGGUAG